UGUAAUUUUUUGAAUAAUAAACAUUCGCGAUUCAAGUUUAUAUAGGCAACACAAAUUACACGCCGCUAAUCCUCGGCUCGGGAUCUAGACUCGAGUAACAACAACAACAAAACAAGACAACCAUUCGGUAAUACCACAGUAUAUAUACCUCGUCCAAUUUACUUACCGUUGCACGUCAUCCGCGCCAUAGCCUGUGACACGAUACCAACACGAAAUAUCUAGGCGGUAGGCGUGUUCCCCUUUACUUUAGAAUAAUUUUGAUUCUAAAAAAGAACACACCCACCGCCUAAAUAUUUCGUGUUGGUAUCGUGUCACAGGCUAUGGCGCGGAUUACGUGCAACGGUAAGUAAAUUGGACGAGGUAUAGGUUUAUACAACAAUUCGAAUAGCAAAAAAACUGUGUUCUACCACAUUUUAUGAAAUAUUAAAGUACCUAUACCUACAUAAAAUCUAGUUUAAUCAAAAUCAAGUGGAAAAUGGACGUGAAACAAGAAUUUGGUGAGGAUACCUGCAAAAUAGAAAUAUUUCCGAAUGAACUGGAUGAUAGCUUUAAAAAGGAAAUUAAAGAGGAGCCCUAUAGUGAUAGUGAUGAUAGUACACUUGAUGAUUUAGACUUAAAUCAAAGACUUAAAUUAUUAAAGACUAAAAUCGAAAAAGAUGAAAAUGAACAUUUGUUAUUUAAAGAAAAACAAACUAAGGAAAAGGGCUUUCCCCGAGAUAAUGACACUUUGGAAAGUAUGAAGUCAACAGACACACAUUCAAGUAAUGAAGAAGAAGAACAAAAUAUGCGUCUACCUUCUGAAGAAAAAUUAAAAUGUAAAAUAUGUGCUAAGCAGUUUACAGAACGGAAGCAGUUGAAAAUACAUUUGAGAGUGCACAAAGAAGGAAAUUAUUUCAAGUGUGAAAUUUGUUCCAAAAAAUUUAGUCAUGUAGGACCUUAUGUAAUACAUUUGAGAGUGCACACUGGGGAAAAACCUUAUAAGUGCAAAAUUUGUGAUAAACAGUAUAGCGUACAAAGUACUUUGAAUGGACAUAUGAGACAGCAUACUGGCGAAAAACCAUAUAAGUGUGAAAUUUGUGAUAAGCAAUUUAGUGUACUAGGAAGUUUGAAAAUUCAUUUAAGGAUACACACUGGUGAAAAACCCUACAAGUGUAAUAUUUGUUCUAAUCAGUUUAGCAUCGCAGGCAAUUUGAAAACACAUUUGUUGAGAGUUCACACUGGAGAAAAGCGUCACAAGUGUGAAAUUUGUGAUAAGCAUUUUUCUACACGGACUCAUUUGAAAAGACAUUUGAUAAUACACACUGGACAAACGCCUUACAAGUGUAAAACGUGUUCUAAGCAGUUUAACGCAGCUGAGAGUUUAAGAAGGCAUUCAAGAGUUCACACUAGAGAGAAGCCUUACCAGUGUGAAGUUUGUUUAAAACAGUUUUGUGAUUUAUAUGCUUUGAAAACACAUUUAAGAGUGCACACUGGAGAAAAACCGUACAAGUGUGAUAUUUGUUCUAUGCAGUUUAUUCGGAAAAUUUCUUUAGAUACACAUAAAAAAAAUCACACUGGAGAAACAUACAACUGUGAAAUUUGUUUUAAGCAAUUUAAACACGCAGUUAAUUUGAAAGACCAUAUGAGGGUGCACACUGGUGAAACUUACAAGUGUGAAAUUUGUUUGAAGGAAUAUCAUUUAACAGACAGCUUCAAAAAGCAUUUGUGCAAGCCAAUGCUCAUUGGAGAAAAACCUCAUAAGUGUGAAAUUUGUCUUAAGGAGUUUUCUGUAGCAAAAUAUUUAAAAACGCAUUUAAGAUGGCACACUGAAGAAAAAGCUCACAAGUGUGAUAUUUGUUUUAGGAAGUUUUUUAGGCCAAGUGAGUUGAAAAAACAUUUGAGAGUGCACACUGGAGAAAAACCUUACAAGUGUGAAAUUUGUUCAAAACAGUUUGCUGUAAAAAGUUGGUUGAAAUUGCAUUUGGAUGUGCAUACUGGAGAAAAACCUCACCGAUGCGAAAUUUGUUUUAAGCUCUUUGCCCGUGAAGAUCAUUUGAAAAACCAUAUGAGAGUGCACACUGGUGAAAAACCUUACAAGUGCCAAAUUUGUUCUAAGCAGUUUACUCACAGAACUUCAUUAAAGUCUCAUACAAAAAAGCACUCUGGAGAAACACCAGUGUGAAAUUUGUUUUAAGAAGUUUAGAGAAUCAGGUGCUUUAAAAUCACAUUUAACGAUACACACUGGUGAAAAACCUCACAAGUGUGAAAUUUGUUCUGAGCAGUUUAGACUAGCAGCUGCUUUAAAAUCACAUUUAACGAUACACACUGGUGAAAACCUCACAAGUGUGAAAUUUGUUCUAAACAGUUUAGAUUAGUAGGCGGUUUGAAAAUGCAUUUGAGUGUGCAUACUGGAGAAAAGCCUUAUCAGUGUGAAAUUUGUUAUAGGCAGUUUAGCGAAGCAGAAAGUUUGAAAAUUCAUUCGAUAGUUCACUGUGAAGAAAAGUCUUUCAAGUGUGAAAUUUGUGAGACGCAGUUUAGUGGACCAGGAGCUUUGAAAGUUCAUUUGAGAAUACACACUGGAGAAAAGGCUUACAAAUGUAAGAUUUGUUCUAAGGGAUUUACUCAACGUGGAUAUUUAAAGUCUCAUUUGAGAGUACACACUGGAGAAAAGGCUUAGAAGUGUGAAAUCUGUUUUAAGAAAUUUCGUAGUACAGGACAUUUGAGAGUGCACACUGGUGAAAAACCGUACAAGUGUGAGAUUUGUUGUAAGCAAUUUAACCAUGCACAGAGUUUAAAAACACAUUUGAAAGUACACACCGGAGUAUAUAUAUAAUGUUCUUGAACUCCUACGUGGAGCAUAGAGCUUCAGUGAAAACGCGCCAUCGGGUUCUAUCUUGCGCUAAGCCCUUCACCUCAUUCCAAGACUUUCCUUGACCUCUUAUCGCGUCCAUGAUGGAUCUUCUCCAGGUUUGUCCUGGGCGGUCUCUUUUUCCUUGGGGAUUCCACUCUAGAGCAGUCUUUGCAAUAUUGGAACUAACUUUUCGGAGUGUGACCGAUCCAACCCCACUUUCUGGACUUUAUUUCAUUUUCUCUCCUCUUUUGUUGGGUCAGGAGUAGGACACACUGGACCGGAGAACUUCACGAAUGUGAAAUUUGUGUUAAAUAGUUUAAUUUAAUUUCAAAAAACAUUUGAGAGUUCACACUGGUGAAAAACGUUACAAGUGCAGUAAAACCUCCGUUAACCGAAAUAAUUGAGGGGGAGGCCGUUUCGGAUAACAAGAAUUUCGGUUAAAAAUAACAAUGUUUUUUGUAUUCUUCUUGUAUCAAAUUACAUAGUAUUGUUGGUUAAAGUUGGUAUUAAAUUAAGAGAUAUUAUGAGAUGAUUUCGUAAUGAUCGAGCAACAUUGAGGAUUUUGACAAAUUAACAUCGAAUUGUUUCUGUUUUGCGAUAAAAAAUUAAUUUUUAUUAACGAAAUUAUUGAAACUGUUAUCUUUUCGGUUAAAAGAUGUUUCGGUUAAAAAGGUUUCGGUUAAUGGAGGUUUUACUGUACAUAAUUUGUGUUAAGCAAUCUUCUAAAUUAAAUACUGCAAUGUUUAUUAAGAAAUUACUGAUUUCAUUAUUAUUUGUAUUUUUUAACAACACUUAUAUUUAAAUAAUAAAAUACUGAAUUUA